ACUACCAUUCCGAGGGUUAAUUUAAGAAUACGCACCGACGAUUUUCAGCAGACAACAAACCCGUUUGAUUUUACCAUGCGCGCAGUAAAAAUCAACUGUGGUCCUGGUGGAAUGUUGUUGCAUGAACUGAAUCAGUGGUGAAUUUGUCUGAAUGCGUGGUUAAUUUAACUGAAAAUUUGUGGUUGUUUUAAAAACAUGGCGUAGUCUACAAAAUAGUAACCGUUACCAUGGAAUUUUUCUCAGUGAAGGAUUGCCAAAGGAUUGUAAAAUAGAAUCAUCGGACUGCGGUGAAUAUUUGUUGCUGUUCAUGAUGAAGGGAUGCAACGAUAUGCCUUCUGUACUUCAGCCAAAUUCAUCCAAUAACGUCGCAGGAAAAUCGGACUUUGUGGAAGUGAUUACAAUGCCGCAGUACGACCAUAGUGUUGGAUUGAUUAGCGUUAAUAUGGAUUGUGUCGUGCUUGGGAACAUCGAGGAUGUGAAAUUGGUACUGCCAGUGCACGGUCUGCAGGAUGCCAGCUUCAUAUCCAUAUUCCCCUGGCGAUUACGUUGUUGCGGCGAUCGGGAGUACAUUGUCCGAGAUGGUUGGCACAAAGCCAUCGAUUUAGUUGACUGGCUCCUGAGGCGGCCGCCGUUGGAGAACCCACCCAUAAAACGCGUCCUUAAUUGCGGAACCUGUCGUCCACUGGGUUCCUCGAUGCGACCCGGUAAAACAGAUUGGCGAGCAAAAAUAGCAAAGUUGCUGUUCUAAAUACAUAAAUACUAUGUCUUGUUAUGUAUCUACAAGAAAAUAAUAAAUAAA